AUAUCUAACACCAAAUAUACAUACAGGAUACUUACAUUUCAUAUACAGCCCACCUCUUCUUUUCUCUUCAACCUUUCAUUUUUCUCUUUUUUUCACUACCCUUUUUUCCCCUUAUCAGUUUUGGGGGUUUUUUUGUGAUGAUUUGCUAGCCCUUUUCAUAUAUGCAUCUGUUCUUGCUUGGUUUUUAUAGUUUCUUGAUCAUCUUGGUAAUUAAAGAUCUCAUCUUUUUGCUCUCUUCAGAGGGUUCCAGAGCUUCAAUCUUCAAUCUUGAAUCGGAUUCAUGUCGAAAGUCUUUGAAUUUAGUGGAGAUGUUGCCUUCUGUCCUAGGGAUUCAGUAUACCCUAAUCCGAAAGAACCAAGCCUUCUUUUCCCGUUGGGUCAUCAUGUUGACUUAUAUAUGCCUCUCCUUAAGAGGUCCCGCAUCAGUGCCUCUUUUCAAUUUAGUGGAGAAACACUCAAGGAGAAGAGAACCUCGAUCGAUGUUCUUCCCGACGAGUGCAUCUUUGAGGUCUUUAGACAUCUUUCUGGAGGACAAGAAAGAAGUUCAUGUGCUUGUGUAUCCAAACGUUGGCUUUCUCUCUUAAGUAGCAUCCGCAAGGAUGAAUUCUAUCCUGCUGAAAUCUCUCGUCCUGAAGAGCCGAAGGAAGAAGUUGUUUCCACCAAGGUAGACAAGCCAUCUGAGACAGUUAAGGAUGUGAUUGUUGACUCGGAUACUGAUGAAAUUGAAUCAUUGAUUGAAGAUUCAGAAGUGAGAACUGAUGGAUACCUUUCUAGGCAUUUGGAAGGAAAGAAAGCUACUGAUAUCAGACUUGCUGCCAUUGCUAUUGGAACAAGUACUCGUGGAGGACUCGGCAAGCUUUCUAUUGUAGGAAACAAUUCAGUUCGUGGGGUCACAAACUUUGGCCUCAAGGCUAUUGCUCGUGGUUGUCCUUCUCUAAGGGUCUUGACUUUGUGGAAUGUAUCUUCUAUUAGUGAUGAAGGCCUUGCUGAAAUUGCUAGUGGAUGUAACAUGCUAGAGGAGCUUGACCUUCGUUGCUGUCCCAGUAUUUCUGACAAGGCAUUGCUGGCUGUUGCAAAUAACUGCCCGAAUUUGACUUCUCUGACAAUUGAAUCUUGUUCAAACAUUGGUAACGAUGGUUUUCAGUCUGUUGGUCGUCUCUGUCAAAAACUGAGGUCCAUUUCAAUCAAAAAGUGUCCGCUUGUUGGUGAUCAAGGAAUUACAAGUCUGGUCUCGUCAGCCAGCUUUCUGACCAAGUUAAGCCUCCAGGCCUUGAAUGUCAGUGAUAUGUCUCUUGCUGUUAUUGGUCAUUACGGGUUGGCUAUUAGAGACCUGGCUCUUGUGGGCCUCCAGAAUGUAACAGAGAAGGGCUUUUGGGUUAUGGGUAAUGGUCGUGGGCUGCAACUAUUGAUGUCCUUAACUAUUAACUGUUGCCAAGGAGUUACUGAUUUGGGAGUGGUAGCAAUUGGAAAAGGUUGUCCAAGCUUGAAGCACCUUUGCCUUCGUAAAUGCGCAAUCCUAUCAGACAAUGGUUUGGUUUCUUUCGCGAAGCUUUGUAUGUCACUUAAGAGCCUAGAGUUGGAAGAAUGCCACAGGAUCACCCAAUUUGGGUUGUUUGCUACCCUUUCGAACUGUGGUGAAAAUAUUAAGGCUAUGUCUUUGGCAAACUGUUUUGGUAUCAAGGACUCAAACAUGGGAUUCGCGGUUGGUGCUAUGUCUCCCUGCAAGUCGUUGCGUUCUCUAUCAAUUCGUGACUGCCCUGGAUUUGGUAAUGUGAGCUUGGCCAUAUUGGGUAGAAUCUGCCCUCAAUUGCAUCGUCUGAACCUUACAGGGCUUCGUGGAAUAACAGAUGAGAGUUUCCUCCCUUUCAUUCAGGGCUGUGAGGCCGGCGGCUUGACACAUGUUAAUUUAAUCGGCUGUGAAAAUUUGACUGAUAAAGCAGUUUCAGCCAUUGCCAAGGUGCACGGUAGCACUCUUGAGGUCUUGAAUCUUGAUGGUUGCAGGCAUGUAACUGAUGCUGGGUUGGUAGCUAUUGCUGAGAAUUGUUGGUUUCUACACGAACUUGAUGUUUCCAAAUGUGUGGUUACCGAUUAUGGCAUUGCAGAGUUGGCACGCGCUCCCUGGACUAGUUUGCAGAUUCUUUCCAUGUCGAAUUGCCCUUUAGUUUCUGACAACUGUGCGCCCUUUCUGCUGAAGCUGGGUGAAACCCUUGUUGGACUUGAUAUCAGGCAGUGUUCUGCAAUGAGCUAUGGCAUGGUUGAUCUACUUGUGGAGAAACUGUGGAGGUGUGAUAUCCUCUCGUAAGCUGCAAAAGGAAAUGAAAAACCCUGGUCAUGAAUGUCCUGCAGAUGGUAAAGACAGGGUCAAACAUAAUAAGUUCUACCCUCCAAUUUUAUUUAGUACCAUGCUUUCUUUAGUCUCGGGUCUAGUCAUUGGUUUGUCUUAGUCCAAAGUCCAGAUGCUCAGCUUCCUUUUUACAGGUGACGUGGGUGCAGUCUUUAUUUGCAGUUUUCCUUCGUGAAAUCUGUUUCAAGAGUUUUUGACUCCCUACAGAAAUGGGAUGUCACAUUCUUUUGACCACGUUUUCCUGUUAACAACAGAUGCUGAGUUCUGGUUUUUGGAUAAAUAUCAUAUAUUUUGUAGCAAAUUGCCAGUGGCAAGGUGCUGAACUUUGUCAUAAAAAAAUUCGGAGUCCUGGGUCUUUCUUUCUUUUGGGUCUGUCCAGUUCUGUUUUUACCUAGUCUUUAAAGCCGAUUCGUCGGUCGUCAUGUGUCAUGAUUAGGUUUGUGUCUGUCUUUACUUUUAGGAUAGAUUUGGUUCCGCAAGACUUAUGUUUUUGGUUGCAACCGCAAUAAAUUUAGGUGACUAGUGUUCCUGGGUUUUGGCCAUGGCAGCAGGCCCUCGUAGUCUCUGCUAUGCACAACCUUAUUCAUAUAAGGUUGUUUUUUAUUUACCAAAACCUGGUUUUCUGCAGUCACCUUUUGUUUAAGAACUUUUGCAGCCGCGUGUGUUUCGUAGUGGAUUCCAAAUUUAUCUUUUGUAAUGGAUAUUUUAUGAAUAAAUGUUGAUUGUGUUUGUGAAUA